GCUGCGCGCCCUUCGCAGCCCCUUCUCUACGCAGAAGGGCCAUGGGUGUUGCAAUGGGGUUAUGGCUGAUGGCAGCAGUCGGAGAGUUGCCUGGGCUGCUGGUUCCUUCCAGAUGGUGGCUUAUGGAUGUGGUGCCCUCCUCUAAUCCGUGCCCCAGGUGGGUGGGCAGAGGUCCCACACCCCACCCCCAUUCCCUUGCUGCACCCAACUGUGGGAUGCUCCACCUCAUUACCCCUUAACGACCUUUGCUAAUUGAAUCCCGCUGGCUCCCUGGCACGCUCUCUGGCAGGAAGGUGCCUGGGGACGUGGGGGACAUCCCUGCUCCCCAGCUAUGUUGCCCUGUAGGAUGCACACCCGUUGUUCUGGCCCAGAGGGUGAGAAGUAAACCUGGGGCUAAGCUUCCUUUGGUGGAAGUGGUGAGAAAGUUGGAUGGGGGCCGAGACCACAGGGGGAUGGAAUGUGCCUGCAGACAUUGCACACAGGUCCCCGUACCCCUGGACUCCAAUGCUCUGGUGCUGGAGGCCACUCUGGCUUUGCUUUGUUGGAGCCUUCUCGGCUUUUCCUGCUCAGUGAUUUUCUCUGUUGCCCAUUUCUUCUGGUGUUUGCAAUUGAUCCAUUCACCCAUCUGCUGCAUGUGCUCAGCAAUUCUUCCCUUCCCACUGAAACCCUGGGACAUUUGGGAGCUGCCCAGCCCCAGCAGACACCCCAUGGCUGCUUCCCAUCCCUGUGCCCAUCACAUCCCUCUCGCCAGGCCAUGCAGGGUGGCCCCAGUGGCACAGAGAGAGGCACCGGGGUCUCUUCUAUCAGGGUUGUCUUUGGGCUCUCACCCACUGCCUCGGCCCCGCAGAGUGCUCAGCCCACCCCAGCGCUGCUCUGUUCCAAUUAGGCCCUGUGAGAGGAUGGAUGCUGGUGAGGCCGCGGCCGCUAAUUCACCAGGCAGACAGCUCAUUGAAUUAGCCCGGGCUGCAGAGCGGGGCUGAGCCACCCGCACACAGCCCCACGUCUGCCCGUCUGCCCCACACGGGGCCGAUCCACGGCUGCUGCCGUGUGGGUGCAGGGAUGGGUGGCCAACAAAACAGAUUGGGGCUGUCCGGACAGGAGAAAGCAGUGGCACGCAUUGACCCACAGCAGCAAAGGGAACAUGCUGCCCUGCGAGCCGUGCGCGUCCGGCACGGACGUCAUUGAAGGGAAAUAAAUAUAGCAGCCUCUCGCUCCAGAGCCGCUGCUCAGGCUGGAAGUUUGCACUGCCGCACGGCAUCAAUUAAAGAAAAUGGAUCUCUGCGCCAAGCAGCCCCACGCCUGCCCGCAGGGUCAGCCUGCAACAUCCCCCCUGGGGCCGCUGGGAUGGCACGGGGCAGGGAGGGCCCCAAGGGUGCCGCCAGCCAUGUCCCCGUCCCUCUCCGUGAAGCACUGCGGGGUGUCCCCGAGCCAUCCGCUGCGAUGUGGCUGUCAUGGAGCGUGCCGUCCCUGCUGUUAGCUCCCUGAUGGAUGGCCCUAUCAGCUGCCUGGUGGGCAUAUCGAUUGCUGGAGUUUUUGUCAUUUCUUUUUUUCCCCCUGAUUUGUGUGUGAGAGUGGCUUGAGAAGGGAACUGAAUCCAAACCGCCCUUCUGGCUUCGUGCUGUGCCGUUCUGAGUGCUGGAAAUCAAUGUGUGGCUGCUGGCAAACCACACCGGGAUGAGUUUUGGGGGUUUUUCCCAUGGCUCAGGCAAAGGAGCAGGUUGGCAGCUGUGAUCUGGAAGCUGCCACCUCCCCGCAUCAAUUAGGGUCGUGUGGCUGAAGGGUAAUUAGAUCUGCUCAGCUGCGAGCUGCUGGCGCUUGGGUCCCAUCAAUUAGCGGCGCGCAGAGGGCCGCUGAUGGGACACGAUGGCAACGCGGAUGGCAGGCACAGGGCUGAGCUGAUGGCUUCUCCUCCUCCUUGUCCCCUCUCCCAGGGCCGCAGGCAUCUCCCCGGGGCCAUGCAGAGCUGCCAGUCCCCCCCAGCCGCCCCGGGGCCGGCGUGACCGCCAGCGGCCACCGCGUCCCUGGAGUUUGAUGGAGAAUCGGUCGGAUGACAGCGGGAACUGUUGUCAUCACCGGGGGAAUCCUAGCGACCGUGAUCCUACUGUGCAUCAUUGCCGUGCUCUGCUACUGUAGGCUACAGUACUACUGCUGCAAGAAAGAUGACCCCAAUGAAGAAGAGGAGGAGGAGGAGGAGGAAGAGGAAGAGUCCGACCUUCCCACGCACUCGCACCCCGGCACGUGCAACGCCUGCAGCUCCCGCAUGGCGGACGGGCAGGGCAGUCCCACGCCCAUCCCCGAGCUCAACCAGCACGGGGCCCACCCCCGCUGCCCCACCUGCUCCCCGUACGGCUCCCCGUUCUACAUACGGACCCCCGACAUGGUGCGCAAUGGGGGUGAGCGCGUGGCCUACGCGCCCGCCUGCUACCCCGAGAUGGGGCCGCCUGUUGGCCUGCAGGGCUUCCCGCUGAGCCGGCACGGCCUCCGCGAGGGCUUCCCCCCAUCCAGGGCCAUCAGCACAGAGGUGUGACCCCCACCACGCACCCCGCUCGAGGGAUGGGGCUGUCGGCUUGCAGAUGGUGGGGGUCGUGCAAGGAGAGCCUGAGGGCAGCGUGGCCCUCCCGAUGGAGGGGAGUGGCGGAGCCUCACGGGUCACCGUGGAGGAGGUUAUCCAGAUGGCGACCUCUGCACCUACAAGUGUAAUUAUUACUCUAUCUCCUGAAGGAACUUGUCUAAUGAGGGCUAUGUACAGUACGAACUAACUUCAUUGCUCCCCAGAGCGACGCCUUUGGUUUCCUCCAUCUCCAGCUGAGGCUGUGCCCAUGGCCCCUGCACACAGGGUGGGGGUGGGAGGCACGGUGCAGUGGGAAUGGGAGGCUGGGGCCAUCCUGCUCCCCCUGGCCGCAGCACCGCUGUCAGCAGCUCACGUUGUGCUGGGGACUGACACAGAGCUCGGACUGCUUCGCCCACUGCAGCCUGUGCUGCAGCUGUAGGAGAGAAUCUGCAUCACUGCGAGGGGAUGUGAAGACCGUUCACCCAUGGCAGUGGGCACAGGCAGAUCUCUCUGUGGCCAAAGCCCCCACUUUGACUGCUCACAAGCUUUCUUAGGAGCGAUUUUAACUUGGGCCCGUAAGUGACCGAGGUUUUGCUUGCAAGGAGGAUUGCACCGCCAGAUGACAGCAGUGCGAUCACCUCAAAGCCCUGCCCAGACCCCAUCCAGAAGGAUGCUGGUUUAGGAUCGCUUUGGCUUGCAGCAGCAGAGCCCACCAGGUUGCAUCCCCUCCUUUGUGAGGAGCUCCAGUGGAGCACAAAUUCCCCUUUCACUUUGGGAAGAAGACCCGAGCCAGACCCGGCAGUUGUGUGGCUGUGACGACAGCUCAGCCAACGGCUCCAUCUGCGGAACGAAGAUGGGAAAGUUCCUUCCUCCUCCACAAAUCCAAUUAGGUGAGAAAUGACCAGAAGGACAUCUCCAUCAUCCACGGGCACUUCCAUAGCAACAGCACUGCUCCCCGCUGUCAGCAGGGAGGAGGGACGCAGCCAGCCCGCAGGUGCUGCCAGGAGCAAUAGCAGGAGCUGCUUGCCUUGCCCUCGCAGUACUGGGUAGAACUGCUCCAAAGUACAAGCAGGGUGUUCUUUCACCGCCACCAUUUGGAGAUUGGCCAUCUGAAGGAUUUGGACCAACAGGUCUUCAUCUCCUCACUCAAGCACAGGUGAAGGAGGUCUUGCGGAGGCAUGCAGUGUGUCAGCCUCAGAUGUCCUCGUUAGCGGGCAGUAGGCUAAUGGACACUCUGGACCUGCUGUUGGUUUGGCACCUCUGCUCAAACAACCCAAAGAAAAGGAGCCAGAUGAACGCCAAAAAUGACGAUGGUCCUUGCAAUGCAGACACCGUGCCCCAGCAUGCAUCUCACACGGCGCAUGAGCAAACAUUAUUCACCGUCUCCCCCAUCUCUGGGCCAGAAAGACCUCGUGUUUCCAUUCUGCUGAGACUCAGUCUAGCUGCACCUCUUUUACAGUCUCCUUCCAUCCUCCAGACAGCGAUGGCAGGUCUUUCCAUGUCCUUUCACAACAAGGGCAGGCAGGACGAAAGAAGAAAUUUAGCAGCAGCGAUGCUCUGUGGAUCCCACUGGCUGAUAGCAGCUGGCUUCCAUCCAGCUCUCUUCCCUGAUAGUAUCAUCUCUCUGUUUUUCUUGGCUAACUCAGCAAACGCUGUCCUUUCCCACUAGAGCAUCUGCUCGGCUUGGUCUCCAUCCUGCUUGGAGCCACACGGAGUUAACGUCACAGCAUGACUGCUGUGGGCAUGGCCAUUCCCACUACCCAACUCUACCUCUUGGCACGAAGCAAGGCUUCCCACCGGGAUGGCAGCCCCCAGGUGGGGAGAGCACACGGGGUUCUGCUUCUACAGGUCGCCCCUCUGGUGAGUGGAAGGCAACCAUAUCGUCAUGUGCAAAUGAAGUAUGACCUGUCACCAGCUAACAAGGGGAGGCAGCUCCAAGGUAGAUGGAUGGCCGAAGGCGAGCGUCACCCUCACAGCCAGCACAAAACCCUGGGCCUGGCACAGCUGCAGACGGAUGGGUGAGUCCAAAAAGGCAGGGAAUGCAGAUACAGCUGCAGGUUGUAAGGUUUGGGCACGGUGGAGGAACGGGACAGGGUAGGGGGCAGGCAUCUCAGAUUUCUUCCACUUCAGAUUUCCUCUGUUGUUAUUCUCUGUCUUUGUUGCUCAGCUAUGGGUCCAAAUUCCAUGUCAGAAAUAAACGAGGACUUUGAAAUACAAAACAGGGGUGAUUUCUGUUCUUUUGGCAGGCAACACAAAAUGGGGUUCAUCCAGAGCUGCCCUGGAAGCUGUCCUGCUGCUAGGAUUUCUCCACCCCCCC